AUGGCUGUCAAGAAGGAUUCGGUGGUUGCGGUCCGCCACCUACACCGCCAUGUGGAGGAUCGCAGGUUGGGAAGCGUAAUAUCGGCUACUACGAAUCUUGGGCCAAUACCCGUCAAUGCCAACCGGUAUGUUCAGACCUGGAAUGACACUGAGAAUAAGCUAAUAUCAGGAUCACAGGUCAGCCCCGAGGAUUUGAACUUGGCAGGCUUCUCCCAUCUCAAUUUUGCUUUUGCUUCUUUCGACCCGAACUCGUUCCAAAUAACACCCAUGGACGGAAAUUCAGCUUCGCUUUACGGACGCACCACCGGCUUGAAGAAUAAGUGGCCUGGCUUGGAGGUUUGGAUCUCUGUUGGCGGCUGGUCUUUCACCGAUCCAGGACCAACGCAAGAGGCAUUCUCAAACAUGGUUAGUACUAGUGUACAGCUUUCUCCGAUGGCAUGA